AAAGUCCUGAUUGAUGCAACCUGCAGGCAAUUAUAGCUGCAGAUAGGCAAUAAUUAUCCAAUUUAUGGCUGGUGUUAGAUUUGCAUAUAUAGACGCAUCGAACAGCACGGCCUUACAGUGUUUUAUACAAUUUCAAAAUGGACACAGUAAAUGAACCCAUCAAAAUUGAGCAGUUCUUGCAAUUCCACAAAUAUCAGCAAGUUUUUCAUUUUCUACACUUUCAAUUCGUGCGAAAUGAGGAUGGACGCUUGAUUAACAAGUCGGAAAUGGUUUUCCGUGCGGGUUUCCUGUUGGAUGUCUGGUUUUUUGGCAUCAAUUUGUUCGACAUCCUAAGAUCGAUCCAUUUGGGCGAGACGUCCCAUCAAAAUCUGCCCGUGCUGAGCAUAUCGGUAUAUUUCACGAUUCGGGGCAUAAUGAUGUUUAUCAAGCGACACGAUAUUGUGGAUUUUCUCAAUGUGCUGGACCGGGAAUUUCCCAAGGAUUUGGUCUCGCAAAGGGUGCUUAAUGUGCCGCAGGUAUUCGAGCGCUAUCAAAAGCGACACGGAUACGUGGGACUCUAUGCGAAUUAUGCACUACCGGGCUUCUGUUUCACACCGGUCGUCACAUACAUUCUCACCUAUGAGGAUGGGAAUGCGCCCAUCUUGCUGGAUCAUCAGCUGCUUGGCGGCUGGCUGCCCUAUGACCUUCGGCAGAAUCAUUUGGUCUAUCCAUUGGUGUGGCUGUACGAUGUCUAUUCCAUGCUGGUGGGCGUCACCUUCUUCACCAGCUUCGACACCUUGUUCAACACGAUGCAGGCCCAGGUCAUCAUGCAUCUGGAUUGCUUUUGCAGGCAGCUGGAGGCGCUCAAUGCAGCCGAUAGCCACCAUGCCCUGGAUGAAAGGCAGUUCUAUGAGCACAUCUGUGGCCUGAUUCGCCGUCACCAGCAGCUCAAUUUGAUAUGCGAUAAAUUCAAUGACAUAUUUAAGCUUGCGAUUCUGAUAACUGAUCUUGUGGGCGCCACAUCCAUAUGUUUUCAUUUGUAUUUGAUAACCGAAUCCCAGGAUCCGUUGAUGAUUGUCAAGUACAUUUUGCCCACAUUGGCCCUGGUGGUGUUCACCUUCGAGAUUUGUCUGCGUGGCUCACAGCUCGAGGAGGCCUCGUCCCGUUUAAAUGAGGCUCUGUACAAUCAAAACUGGUAUAUGGGCAGCAAGAUGUACCGCAAGUUGACUCUAAUUUGGAUCAAAUAUGCACAGUGUACCAGAAAGCUUACAGCUUAUGGUUUGGUCGAGGUCAAUAUGAAGCACUUUUCUGAUAUUAUGCAGCUGGCCUACAGACUAUUCACUUUUCUCAAGUCCCGACAAUAAAUCUAAGGCACAUUUAAGCUCAAAC